ACGCAGCAAAAUUGUGGUGUCGUUGUUUUAUAUUGUAUUUUCAAAAUAAGGCUGCAAAAUUUGAUCCAAAAGACAUCAUUCCAUAAUUUAUUUACUACCGUUAGCAAUCGUUGUGUGUUACUUGCAUAGUUUUCCUCUCAUAUUUGCCGGGUGCCUGCCUGCAAACUACUUGCCAAUUCCUGGUAAACGACACCGGGUAAAAAUAUGGCGGCCCAGCUAGACGGUGUUCUCGAGAAAGAUCUGCAGGAGAAAAUAAAAAACUCCAAAGUGCUAGUGGUCGGUGCAGGGGGUAUCGGAUGCGAGGUGUUGAAAAAUCUCGUUCUUACAGGAUUUCUUGACAUUGAAAUCAUCGAUUUGGAUACGAUCGAUGUGAGCAAUUUGAAUCGUCAAUUCCUGUUCCACAAGGAACAUGUCGGAAAGUCAAAGGCAGAAGUUGCUCGCGACAGUGCGCUCAGCUUUAACCCGAAUGCGAAGAUCAAAGCAUACCAUGACAGCAUUACUAGCAACAAUUAUGGUGUUAACUUUUUCCAACAAUUUACACUGGUAUUGAAUGCGCUUGAUAAUAGGGCGGCCCGCAACCAUGUCAACCGUAUGUGCUUGACUUCUGGGAUUCCACUGAUCGAGUCCGGUACGGCCGGGUACAGCGGACAGGCAGAGCUCAUCAAGCGCGGGUUAACUCAGUGCUACGAAUGUAAGCCAGUACCGGGUCAGAAAUCGUACCCGGGAUGCACAAUUCGCAAUACACCAUCCGAACCGAUUCACUGCAUUGUGUGGGCGAAGCAUUUGUUCAAUCAGCUAUUUGGUGAAACUAAUGACGAUGAAGAUGUUUCACCGGAUACAGCCGAUCCGGAGGCGGGAGCGGAGGUCGGAGAAGCCGCACUCGCUAAGGAUGCCAACGAGAAGGGCAAUGUGGAUCGAAUCAGCACACGGGUGUGGGCCAAGCAGUGCGAUUUCGAUGCGGAGAAAAUUUACAACAAACUUUUCUUCGAAGACAUCAAGUAUCUGCUGAGUAUGUCGAAUCUCUGGAAGAAUCGAGUCCCACCAAACCCGAUCAAAUGGGACGCGAUCGUGGAGGAAGGCGAAGAGAUUACCGAUGCUGUCGCACGGGACCAAAAGGUUCUCACCCACUCGCAGUCGGCCAAGGUGUUCGCUGAGAGCAUUAAAUCACUGAAGGAGUCGUUCACAAAGCUCCCGGAAGGCGACUAUCUCGUCUGGGACAAGGACGACAAGCAUGCGAUGGAUUUCGUGGCGGCGUGUGCUAACAUUCGGGCUCAAAUAUUUGCCAUUCCUCGUAAGAGUCGAUUUGAGAUCAAAUCAAUGGCAGGAAACAUUAUCCCUGCGAUCGCGACCACAAACGCCAUGACCGCUGGUCUCGUUGUAAUGCAAGCGUUCGGCGUACUGAAGGAGCAAUAUGAAAAGUGCUUCCAUAUCUACGUGCGCCUGGUAACGAACCCGCGGAAACAAUUCAUCAUACGGGACAAGGUGCUUAUUCCACCGAACCCCAAAUGUUACGUGUGUUCCGCCAAGCCGGAGGUGGUACUGAAGGUCGACACGAAGAACGUUACCGUGCGCGAGCUACGCGACGACAUUCUGAUCAAGGCACUGAACAUGGUCAGUCCCGAUGUCACACUGGACGGCACGAGCACGAUUGUGAUCUCGUCCGAAGAAGGUGAAACAGACUGCAACGAUGACAAGAAGCUGGUGGAGCUGAACAUCGUCGAUGGAUGUGUGCUGAAGGCUGACGAUUUCCUGCAAAAUUACGAGCUGUCCAUCACAAUUUUGCAUAAAGAUCCUGGUCGGGAGGAAGCCGCUUUCGAGAUCAUUGCCGAUCCGAGCUCUCUGAAGCCGAAAGAAGCAGAACCUUCGAAGGAUGCCGAAAUGGAUGAUGCACAGCCAUCGACCUCCAGCGGACAAAAUGGAUCUUCAACCAAUGGCAAGAAAGCGCGCUAUGAUGAAGAUGUCAGUGGAGAGGUGUUGGUUGUCCCCGAUGACGAUGAAAUGCCGUCAACUUCCAAGGCAGGCACAUCCGGUUCGGGAGCGGCUGGUAGCAGUAGCAGUGGGUCGGGUGUAGAAAAACGCAAACACGUUGAAGAUGAUGAUGAGCCUGCUAGCAAAAAGGUGAAAGUAUCCUCCCAGCAGGACGAUUCCGAUGACGAUCUAAUCAUCAUGGAUGAUUAAUGGUCGCUACUUAAGCUAAGCUAAGUUUUUUUUUUCAUUUUUAACAACCAUUAUAAAUGUAUCAUCAAUCUUGAAGUAAUGAAUCGUGUCCGCAUCAAUUCUCAAAUAAAUCGAUGUUGUCAAAUCUUA